AUGGCAUCGAUGCCGAAACGGCGAAGAACGGAUGAGAUGGACGAGAUGGAGAUGAUACUUUUGGGAGAUGAUCUGAAACAAAUUAAGAAUAUCAUGCUGGACUUCAAGGAAAUAAAAAAAGUCGAUGAAUUGAAAGCAAAAAUGAGGAAAUGUCCACGAAUCGGGAUUACGCUGAUGACUGUCCUGUGGAGAUGUUCCCUGCAAAGUUUUGAUGACCAGCCGCAGUGGUUGCAGAUUUUAAAUGAUGUUUUGUGCAUUUUGACAAAUAUCUAUGGAAAUAUGCCGUAUUUGUGCUACGAGCUAGCCGAACCACCUGCAAACUUUGCGAAUAUUACAGUUCGUUUAUUGGAAUGUGGUCCGAAAAUAUCAUUGCAAGCGAAAUGUGAAGUGUUUCGUUUGAUAUGUAGUGUCGCAACAGAUCAACGGUGUAUGGAAAUAAUUACCGAAAAUACCCAUCUGGUGGAUCGUAUAGCAAUGGCAAUUGAUCAUGAAGUAAAUGAAGUGGCAAAAGUAGCUCUCCAAACGGCAAGCAUUUUAUCGCUUAACAAAAAUGGUAUCAAAGUAAGUUUAUUAUUUUUUAUCAACUACAAAAAUAUUGUGUGUUACUUUUACCUUAGGCUCCAGCCUGGCGUCUGUGAAUUUGGUA